GAGAAAAGACGCACCUUCUAAAUCUCAUACCAUUAUCUUUAAGAAAAGAAAUAUUGUUCAGAGCAACCAACACUUAUGACCAAUUCUGGACAUACUUGGACACUGCAUUCAACAAUCAGAGAGCAUUACAAAAUGAGGGAGCAUACAAAGAAGGAAAAGAAGUUAAACAUAUCAAA